CGGAACACCGACAACGCUAAAAAGAAGAACCAUAUCCUCUUUCACGCAUGGAUCUGUUUUCUUCUCUGGAGGGAUUUCGAGGAGGUGCGAUGGUUUGCGCGGCUAGAAAUUUUGGAGACUCGUACAGGCGAGAAAGAGCACACGUACUCUGUGUUGCAAAGUUGUAAAAGUAGUUUCCCUUGAAGUUUUUUUUUCGACACCAGUUCAGACUCCGUGCUUCUCCAGCCUGCAGACCCACAGCCAUCAUGGCGAGGCGGACAGGGGGGAGAUCCGUGGUUUUGAAGCCGAGUACGCGCGUUGCUUUCCGGGAUAAACACCUCCAGUUUCACAGGGGCUUAUUUGCUUUUUCUUUGAGGUUCGUGUUAAUCUGCUCAGCUCUUUCUUGUGGAUAUUGCGGAGCCGAGACGGAGUUUUCCAUCCUGGAAGAAGCACAAGUUUUGGCCGAUCAAAUGAAAAAGCUGUCCUCUCAGGAACUGGGAGUCUUCACUAUGCAGAGGAUUUUCAACUCUUUUGUGUACACAGAGAAGACAUCAAACGGAGAGACAGAGGUGCAGCAGCUGGCCAAGAAGAUUCGGGAGAAGUUUAACCGCUACCUGGAUGUGGUGAACAGGAACAAACAGGUGGUGGAAGCCUCAUACACUGCCCACCUCACCUCUCCACUCACCGCGAUACAGGACUGCUGCUCCAUACCAGCAUCUAUGAUGGAGUUUGAUGGAAACUUCAAUACCAAUGUCUCCAAGACCAUCUGCUGUGAUAGACUUUCCCCCACCGUCAACAGCCGAGCUUUCAACCCUGGACGAGACCUUAACUCAGUGUUGGCAGACAACCUGAAGUCCAAUCCGGGGAUAAAGUGGCAGUACUUCAGCUCAGAGGAGGGCAUCUUUACUGUCUUCCCUGCCCACAAGUUCCACUGUAAAGGAAGCUAUGAGCACCGCAGCAGGCCUGUGUACGUGUCCGCAGUACGUCCUCAGUCUAAACACAUCGUGGUGAUGGUCGACCAUGGAGCGUCUGUAACUGACACCCAGCUUCAGAUUGCCAAGGACUCUGCACUUGUCAUCCUUAAUGCUAUCGAUGAACAUGACAAGAUUUCCAUUCUGUCGGUGGCAGAGAUGGUUCGUUCUUGUUCUCUGGACCAGUGCUAUAAGACUCUGCUGUCUCCAGCCACCAGCGAGACCAAGAGGAAGAUGAGCACCUUCAUCUCCAACAUCAAGGCUUCUGAUGGAGCCACACAGCACGCAGCUGGCUUCCUGAGGGCCUUCCAGCUGCUCCGAAACACCACCAGCCUCAGCAAGCAAAGCACCACGACAGACAUGGUGAUCAUCUACCUGUCAUCUGGUAUCACGUCUCGAGAGUCAUCAGAGCAGGAGAAGAGAGCGACGCUCAGUGUGGUCAGAGAGGAGAACCGACACCUCAACAACUCUGUCAUGAUCCUCACCUACGCUCUCAUGAAUGAGGGAGUAACGGGCCUGAAGGAGUUGGCCUUCCUGAGGGACCUCGCAGAGCAGAAUUCAGUGAAGUAUGGCGUUGACAGAACGACGGACCGAGACCGCUCCUCUGUGGCGUCAUCAUCUGGAACAGCAGGAGCUUUGAUGAUGCCGGUAGUAAAGGGAAGCAUGAUGGUACUAAACCAGCUAAGCAACCUGGAGACUACAGUGGGUCGCUUCUACAUUAACCUGCCCAACCGCAUGAUCGACCUGGCGCGCUUUAGCCUGCCCUACUCUGACCCCAUGGGAGACGGAUUUAUUAUGACGGUGAGCCGGCCUUGUUACUUUGGUAACCUGCUCCUGGGCGUGGUCGGGGUGGAUGUGAACCUGGCCUACAUCUUAGAGGAUGUCACCUACUACCAAGACUCACUGGCUUCAUACACCUUCCUCAUUGACAACAAAGGUUACACCCUGAUGCACCCAUCGCUGACGCGGCCCUACCUGAUGACAGAGCCUCCCCUGCACACAGACAUUAUCCACUAUGAGAAUAUCCCAGGAUUCCCUGCUGUCCGACAGAACAUCCUCAGCCUUCCUCUGGGCAGUCAGGUCAUUGCUGUCCCAGUCAACUCCUCUCUGUCCUGGCACACCAACCGACUCAGGGACAACAGCAAAGAUGCAUACAAUGUCAGCUAUGCCUGGAAACUGGUUCAGGACACGUCGUUCAUCCUGUGCAUUGUGUACGUGCAGCCCGAGAUCCCAGUAAAGCAGCUGAAGAACUUGAACACAGCUCCCAGCUCAAAGCUGCUCUACCAUCGUUUAGACCUGCUGGGUCAACCCAGUUCCUGCCUUCACUUCAAACAGCUUGCCACUGUCGAGUCCCCCACAGUGAUGUUGGCAGCUGGUAGUUUUUCCUCUCCCUAUGAGCACCUCAGCCAGCCAGAAACAAAGCGCAUGGUGGAGCACUACACCGCCUACCUGAGUGAUAACACCAGGCUCAUAGCCAACCCAGGCCUCAAGUCCUCUGUCAGGAACGAAGUUAUGGCGACCAGUCACGUCACGGAUGAGUGGAUGACACUAAUGGAAAUGAGUAGCCUCAACUGCUACAUUGUGCGCCGUUACAUAGCAACCCCCAGUGGGGUGCUCCGGAUUUACCCAGGAUCACUGAUGGACAAAGCCUUCGACCCGACCCGCAGACAAUGGUAUCAGCAUGCUGUGGCUAACCCUGGCCUCAUCACCUUCACGGGGCCAUACCUGGAUGUGGGUGGGGCAGGAUACGUUGUCACAAUCAGCCACACCAUCCAUGCCUCUAGCUCUCAGAUGGCCCCUGGUUAUGCAGUUGCAGUCAUGGGCAUCGACUUUACCCUUCGCUACUUCUAUAAAGUCUUGCUCGACUUGCUGCCCAUCUGCAACCAAGACAAAGGCAACAAGAUCAGGUGCUUCAUAAUGGAGGACAGAGGGUACCUGGUAGCACAUCCUACUCUCAUUGAUCCCAAAGGUCACGCCCCUGCAGAGCAACAGCACAUCACACACAAGGAGCCACUGGUGGCUAAUGACAUCCUUAACCAUCCCAAUUUUGUCAAGAAAAACCUGUGUAACAGCUUCAGCGACCGCACCGUGCAGCGCUUCUACAAGUUCAACACAAGCAUAGUGGGCGACCUCACCAAUCUGGUUCAUGGUAGCCAUUGUUCCAAGUACCGUCUGACCAGAAUCCCUGGUACUAACGCCUUUGCUGGUAUUGUCAACGAGACGUGUGACUCUCUGGCGUUCUGUGCCUGCAGCACCGUGGAUCGUCUCUGCCUCAACUGCCACAGAAUGGAGCAGAAUGAGUGUGAGUGUCCAUGUGAGUGCCCUCUAGAGGUCAACGAGUGCACAGGCAACCUCACAAAUGCUGAAAACAGGAACCCCAGCUGUGAGGUGCAUCAGGAGCCAGUCAGUCUGAAUGUGAUUGAUCCCAGUCUGCAUGAUACCCUGCCCCAGUGCAUCAAUACCCGCUGUAGCCAGAGAUACACCAGCAGUGACUGUUUUGGCGUGUUGGACUGUGAGUGGUGCAUGGUGGACAGUGAUGGUAAGACUCACCUGGACAAGCCAUACUGUGCCCUGCAGAAGGAGUGCUUCGGAGGCAUCGUUGGCGCCAAGAGUCCAUACGCGGAUGGCCUGGGGCUUCUAGAUGAGGAGGUGGCAUCUCUGAAUAUGAUCAAGAGCGCCCCUGUGGGUCCAGUUGCCGGGGGAAUUAUGGGAUGCAUCAUGGUGUUGGUGCUGGCUGUGUAUGCAUACAGACACCAGAUCCAUAGGCGCUCUCACCAGCACAUGUCACCACUGGCAGCACAGGAAAUGUCAGUGAGAAUGUCUAACCUGGAUAAUGAAAGAGAUGAGAGGGAUGAAGACAGCCACGAGGACAGAGGAAUCAUCAGUAAUACUAGAUUUAUAGCUGCAGUGAUCGAGAGACACACACACACUCCUGAACGGAGACGGCGGUACUGGGGACGAUCUGGGACAGAGAGUGACCAUGGUUACAGCACCAUGAGUCCACAGGAGGAUAGUGAGAAUCCACCCGGAAACAACGAUCCUCUGUCAGCAGGCGUCGACGUUGGUAACCACGAUGAUGACCUGGACCUAGACACACCUCCCCAAACGGCUGCGUUGCUCAGCCACAAGUUCCACCCCUACCGGCAUACGCACACACACCACCACCCGCUGCACACGCACCACCUACAAGCCGCGGUCACCGUGCACAGUGUGGAUGCAGAGUGCUGAUCCUCAGCGUGGCAUUGCCCCUCCUGCCAGGGAUGGAACUUUUUUUUUUAAAUUAAAGACUAUUUUUAAAAAAACAUUUUGAUUACACAGUGGGUACUGUCAGGAUGGACGGAGGGAGACAGCCACAGCUGGACUCAAACCUAUAGUGCCAAUGAGCUGUGGGGACCUCCGCCACAAAUGGCUCCUUAGCUUCCCAUUGUGCCAACAUCUUACACACAUACACAGUUUUACACAUCGAAAAUUGCCAGACCUGGGCCAGUAGAAAUAACCAAAUUGGAAUUUUUGUUUGCUUUCUGAUGAAAUUUGACAUUCAGGACUCUGUAAGUGCAUGCACAAACCUUUGGGAGCAAACAAAACACCGUUUGAGCUCAUUCACUUGCCUUCGAUGAGGAGAGGAUACAACUGGAACCUAAUCAAAUUAAAUCUAGAACCUGAUGUGAACCCUUUUGCGUCAGGGCUCCAUCCCACCCUCCACACAGGUUUUUUGCCCUACUAAGCCCACUUGUGGUGAGGGGAGCCGGUCAGUCCUUACAUUUGUGAAAACUGCUGAAUGUCUCUGAAGAGUUAAAACUUUCCAACACUGACCUGGAUCUAAUGUGGGAUUACAGUAUGGAUUCUAUUGCAGCUUUACUGUGCUUGGUUCUACAGAGAGACACUCAAAGUUUAUCCAAAGGAGCAUCUGCUGGUCUUACAGAAAAUGGUUUGGGAAUAUAUUUUGACAUUUUCAUGAAUGUCUGUGAACUUCAAAGUAAGAAAAAUCUUCAUUGAUUCACAUAAAUACAGAAAGAAACACUUAGAAGAAGAAAAUAUUAUUUUUCUACUAUUUAUUAAAGAGGUAGAUUUUCAGGACAGAUGAAGAAGCAGCUACAGCUAACACAAAAAAAGACAAUAGUCAGGAUAAGUAAUACGCACUGACCCACUUCCUAUAACCAGUUCAUCAUUUUUAGGGCUCAUUAUUUUCAGUUUUUAAUUCUGUAAAAAAAAAAAAAAAGGUGAAUGGUUGUUUAUUUAGAAUUUUUGAA